AUGGGCCGAACAGUGUUUGGCAUCGGCGUCGACGUGGCGCUCGUUGCGCGCUUUGCACGGAGCUACGCGCGCUUCGGGGAGCGACUGCUCGCACGCGCGUUCCACCCGACGGAGAUCUGCGAGUUCCACGCGCGUCCACGUGCCGACCGCGCGGCGUUUCUGGCGUCUCGAUGGGCCGUGAAGGAGGCGACGUUCAAGGCGUUCCAGCGCUACCGCGUGCGCUUCCCUGAGAUCUACACGGCGCCACGAGGACGAGAGGAGCGGUCGGCGGUGUCCACUGCGCUGCCAGUAACGGACAAGUCGAAGGCGCUGCGUCUCGAGUUCGCGGGCGAGACGGAGCGACUCGCCCAGCGACUGCGACUAGCGGAGCCGCACGUGUCGAUCUCGCACGACGGGAACUAUGCGGUGGCGUACGUGCUCUUGCAACAGGAGACUGAUGAGGACUGA